GUUCUGAUUACUACAUCAUAAUUAAUCUGCACAUCAGCAUCAUUUUCGCUGUGUCCUCUCGCCUCACCAGGACAUUUUUGGGUCCAAAUUGAGUGUUCAUUGCUUUCUAUCGUUUUCAUCUCUAUCAAUACACAUCUUUCAUUAUCUACAAACAUCAAAAUGCCUCCAUUUGCAGCGGACUCAUCACUUCCGUCUUCCUUGUCACUUUUUAUCCCGCCCAAUCCAAGUGAACCUUCAGAGAACGAUUGUAAGCUGGACUUGCCACCUUCUUUGACAUCACCAUCAUCACCAACAUCAUCAUCUUCAUCGUUUUUCUCUUCAUCGACACCUUCACCUUUGCCUUCUACUUUAUUCGAUUCAUCUUUACCAUCACUUGUAAAUAAUUCAAUCAUUGAAAAUGCUGAAAAGGCCUUUUCCCAAUUGUUUCAAUCUUUAAAAAAGCACAGUUCCACCGAAACUAAAUUAUAUUGUAACAUUGAACAACUUUAUGGAGGAGUUAUUCAAAUUGCUAGUUUUGCUCAUGAAUAUAAUUUUCAACAAGUUAAUGCCAAUGGAUAUUGGACUUUUGUUCGUAGUUGUACAAAAUUGGCAAAUAUGCUGAAAGAUCGUCUUAGCGAUCUAUCUAUCCAUGAUGAUCUAGAAUUGCUGACUGCCAGUUAUUUGAGACUUCUCAAUCAUAUUCUUAAUUUUCGAGAGAUUACUAAAAGUGGAAUAGUUGACGAAAAUUUUAAUAAUCUCUCAGUUGAUGAACAAAAACUUGCAGAUCAGCAGCAACUACAGCAACAACAACAGCAAAAAGUGAUACCAGUCAGUAGAGAUGAAGUAAUUUCCAUUACUGAUGAAGAUGGUUAUCAUCAGAGCAAUGUUCAAGGCAAUGAAAUUUCCACCGACAACUUGACAGAACCUCAAAAUUUUAAUCAUCAAUCAUCUAAACCCAUUUUACCUCUAUUUGUCCCACCUAGUGCUUACUCUGUCGAUAUUUUAAGAGAAGCAUCUUCAAGUCAAAGUCAAUUACUGCGACUUUUUUCAUCUUUUGGAGCCUUCUGGUUUUGUAAAUCGAUGAGAAUUUUCUUUGAAGUAUAUAUAUUUGCUGUUGCUUUUUUCGGGGAACUGUUUCCAUUUUCAUUGAAAACACUUUGGUCUCGAGAUUAUCGAGCUGAUUUAUUUACAAAAUGGACACAAUGUCCAUCAACAUCCUAUCCUUUCGAUAUAUGGGAAAUUUUGGACUACAAAGUAGUUUGCAAAGGUUUAAUACCCCUUUUAUUUCUUGGCAAAGGGAUUCAAACACGAAAUAUUGAAGCUAGCCCACAAAACACAUUUGUGUACACCAGAGAUGGCAAAGAUGUUGUGGUGAAUCAACCAGGUGGAAAAGUGACUCCUUCUGUUAAUGAAAAACCUAUCAAAUGUCGUCUUAUUCACAAAUCAAACCGAGAUACAAGUAAAGGUUAUCUUUUAUUCCACGUUCAUGGUGGAGGUUUUAUAGCUCAUUCUCCAGAUUCACAUGAAAAUUAUCUCAGACAAUGGGCACACGAUGUGCCUGACAUGACAAUAUUCUCGGUUGGUUACACCUUGAAGCAGAAGUUCCCGACCGCUUUACAAGAAGUUCUCGACGCAUACCUUUGGGUUACCUCAGGAUCUCCUGAUGUAGCUCAAGCUAUUGGUUUUCAACCUAAAAAAAUUAUUUUCUGUGGUGAUUCAGCAGGCGCUAAUCUUGCUCUAUCACUUCUCUUAACUCUCAAUGACUUGUCCAAUCGUGAUCCUAGUGACCAAAGACUAAGGCUUCCGGAUGGAAUUUUCUCAAUCUAUGGCGCUUUCCUCCUCUCGCCGCUGGUCGGUCCUUCACGAGUUAUGGGCGCAAUAGAUCCACUUCUCUCGCCUGGCGUUUUGCUUACAUGUGGAGGUGUUUAUGGAAAUAUCGUUGACGAUCAAGUAGCGACUGAAGAAAGUAUAAGUUUACCUAGAUGGGAUCCAUGUGAUGGUGUUGCUGAGAAUGUGAAACGUCUUCUCUUGGCCACUUAUUCCUUGGUAAUAUCUAUGUCAUCAAAUCAAACUCAACCAUGGUUUAUCUGUGAUAAAUCAAACUUCUCCAAGAAAUUAAAGACUCUAGCUGAUCGAACUCAUACACCGUAUGCAUCACCUUUAACAUAUCAAAAAUUUGAUUCUCUAAGUAAAAUCCCUAUGCAGAUUUUAACUUCAGAGUUCUGUCCACUAUUAGAUGAGAGCAUUACAAUGGCUAAAUUAUGGAAAGGGCCAGUUAAUCUUGAUGUCAUGGAAGAUUUACCGCAUGGUUUCCUCAACUUUACCAUAGUCAGUCCUGAAGCUCGAAAAGGUGCACUACUAUGUAGUCAACGGCUUAAAGAGAUGUUCGAAUAGAAGUCGCUCGCCUUGAUCAAGAAUGUUAAACUAAAAAAUUUAAUUAACGGAAGCACAAGACACUAAAUGAUAAAACGCUAUUUUGUAUUGCAUUGACAACCAAAAAUAAAGGAGAGUCAAGUUCAAUA